AUGCCCAAAGUCAGGACGCCAAACAUGAAACUGAUUCGAAUCGAAUAUCCACAGCGAGGCCAGGGUCUCGUGCGCCUGAAGAAGAGGAACCUCGCAAGAAGGCCAAGGUUGAAGAUGCUGAAAGUGGACAGCGGCCAGCCGAGGUCCAAGGCGCCAAUGGCUCCAGCGCCGCACCAGGCAGACGUUGGCUUUGGACUGACUGGAAACCUGAAGAAGCAAUCUAAUCUUGAUGCUGUGCGCGAGUUAGGUGGGUUGUUGUUGCUGGCACAAGAGAGAGCUAGAGAGGGGAAAGCUGAGCGAAGAGGUGGCGAGGAUAGAUGGUGGACAACAAAAGAGCGGUGGGGUGGAGGACCCGGGGGCGAAGUUGGCGAAACAACCGGGGCGAUCGAAAUACUGUCCAAAGAUGCAGCGUCCAAACCUGAAGCAAAACCCACCGACAGGAAUCGUGACGGAUCCAAGGCUCGCCGCAGGCCGUCACCAGCAGAGAUUUGGAAAACGUUGCGACCUGGAAACCCACUGUGGGAUCCAAAAGUGACCUACAAGGCCAUCGGCAAAGACAAGAGUGUUGAGUGGGACGAUGUCUUCAUGGUAUCGUCGUUGAACCACCACAUCAGCCUGUUAAAGCUACGCAUACAUCCGGCUUAUCUUGAGUACAUCACCGAAGGUAGACUGCCCAAAGAAGCGCCAACAGACUCCGACUGGUUUUCCCCAAAACUGCAAAGAACAAGAUGGUUCGAUCUGUUCAACGUUGAUGACCGUACUGAGGCGAUGAGAGGCAUCUGGGGGAUAAUGGCCUAUCUCAUGCGCUCAGAUAAGACUGAUCACGCUGAUUCCGCUGGUAUUGCUACCAAAUAG